GCCGCAGAAGUGCCCGAGUGAUAAAAAGAAGGCCUCCGAGAGCACGCAACUAUGACUAAGCUGACCAUCUUAGCAGGCUUGUGCCUGGUGCUGUGCCAGUUAGGUUCUGCCGUCGAGAUGGGGUGCUAUUUCACCAACUGGUCCCAGUACAGACCCGGGACGGGAAAGUACCUGCCCGCCAACGUGGACCCCUUCCUCUGCACCCACCUGAUCUAUGCCUUCUCCAUCAUCAACCACGCCAAUGAGCUUGUCACUUAUGAGUGGAACGAUGAAACUCUCUACAAGGCGUUCAAUGACCUGAAGAAUAAAAACCCUCAUCUGACAACUCUUUUGGCUGUCGGUGGAUGGAACUUCGGGUCAACCCAGUUUUCCAUCAUGGUCUCCUCCCCAGCAAACCGCCAGAAGUUCAUCCAGUCAUCCAUUAGUUUCCUGCGAACACAUGGAUUUGACGGGCUGGACCUGGACUGGGAGUACCCAGGGUCUCGAGGGAGCCCCCCAGAGGACAAGCAGAGAUUCACACUCCUGGUCAAGGAGCUACUUGAGGCUUAUGAGGCUGAGGGAAGAGCAACUGGACGUCGCAGACUGAUGCUCUCAGCUGCAGUGUCUGCUGGGAAAGGAACCAUCGAUGCCGGCUAUGAAAUUGCCGAGAUUGCCAAGUACCUGGACUUUAUCAAUGUGAUGACUUAUGACUUCCACGGAACCUGGGAGAGCUUCACUGGACACAACAGCCCCCUAUACCGUGGUGCCCAUGAUGAAGGGCAGCUGAUCUACUUCAACACUGACUUUGCCAUGAAAUACUGGAGGGACAACGGUGCCCCAGUGGAGAAGCUCAGGAUGGGAUUCGCCACGUACGGCCGCACAUUCCGUCUCACGUCAGCGGCGUCCAACGGGGUCGGAGCUCCAGCAAGCGGUCCUGCCUCUGCCGGGCCCUACACUCGGGAGGCAGGCUUCUGGUCCUACUAUGAGAUCUGCACAUUCCUGCAAGGCACCACCAUCCAAUGGAUUGCCGACCAGAAAGUGCCUUAUGCCACCAAGGGAAAUGAGUGGGUGGGAUUCGACACCCAGGAGAGUUUUGAGAUCAAGGUCCAAUACUUGCAGGAAAACAAAUUUGGAGGAGCCUUUGUCUGGGCCCUGGACCUGGAUGACUUCGCAGGCCAGUUCUGUGGUCAAGGAAAACAUCCUCUUAUGGGCCAUCUGAACAAGCUUCUUGGGAUAGACACAGAAAGGCCAACCAUCCCCCCUCCUGAGCCUGGUGAUACCCCCAUCACCACCACCACCACCACCACCACCACUACGACUACUACACACGCCCCGGACUCAGGCUUCUGCGCCGGGAAGCCCGAUGGUGUCUACGCCAACGAGGAGGACCCUACCUCCUUCUACGAGUGCUCGGGGGGAAAGACCUUCCUUAAGAAGUGCGGGAGCGGCACAGUUUUCAACGACACCUGCAAAUGCUGCACCUGGCCUUCGAAGUGAAGUCCAACAGACCAAGCGCUGGCGCAGCCGUGAGGAAAUAUUACGAUCAGUGCCAGUGAUCUGAGGACUUGCUCUACUUACAAGGCUUUCAUGGGAAAGAUAAAAUAGUAGACAUUCUUGUAAUUUUUUUCUUGCACCAAAGCUUCA